GCUCGCAAUAUAUUAUUUUAUUGCCAAGUGUAUUUCAAAACUUUCUAUGCUGCUGCACAACGGACAUAAUCUAUGUGGUGGAUAUAUGUUAAAAUUUUUCGUACUACUCUCUGGGAACAGUGAAAAACACCACUAACAGGUAUAAAAGCACUUGUACGUGUUUCCAUCAAAACAGUCAAGUGUCCGCAUCGGAAUAGUUCACACUAUAAUCAUACAACAGAGUUUCAACUUUGUGUUUUAUAUAUAUUAAUAUUUUUUUAUAAACUCCUUUGUAAUCACUGCCAAAAUGAGUACCUAUCAGGUUAUUUGCUGCUUAGUCCUUCUGGCUGUUGCCGCUAGUGCCUUCCCAGGACAUGCUGAGAGUUAUGCACACUUCAACCAGCAUGUGGACCAUCAUCAUGGUGGAUACGAUCAUCACUACGAAGACCAUCACGCUCCCUCCCCCUACAAAUUCGGGUAUGCCGUGAAGGAUCCCCACACCGGUGACCACAAGGAAGCCUGGGAGCAUAGCGACGGACACCACGUCACUGGAUCCUACUCUCUGUACGAGCCUGAUGGUACCAAGCGUGUGGUUGAGUACACAGCUGAUCCUCACAGUGGAUUCCACGCUGUUGUCAAGAAGGUCGGACACGCCGUCCACCACUACGUUCCCCACCACCACGAAUACCACGGACACUAUUGAAUUUGAGCAGUGUAAUCACUAGCUUGUGUUCUACUUGUGAUAUAUCACUUCAUUUACUUUUCUCGCUGUAAAGUUUUUGGCCUCUCGACAAAAUAUUCUUACAUUCUACCUUUCAUUCUUUUCUCCUAUACCCAUAAAAUACUCUCUUUUUUUAUACUUGAUAAAAAAUGCGUAUGAUGAAAAAAGCAAAAUAAAAAAAAUGAAAUAUCAAACUUA